AUAACAGCAGCGAUUUAUUGCCAAUCGAUUCUCUUAUUGAAGUUCUUAACGAUUGACCAGUAUUUAUGAACAUUUCUGUCUGGUCAUUUUUGUUUCAUCUGGGAAAACAAAUCGACGGAUUCUCUAGAAUAUGCAUAGAUCUUUGCAGAUAAUCACGUACACACAUAUACAUAUAUGUUUAGAUAAGAAGAUUGGCGAAUGAUGACUCGACAUCUUUAAUAGUGAUUUUCUUUCGGUAGAUGAACGAAUUAAUGUGACAAUUCGAAUAAUUUGAGUGCAGUGGAGGGACUUUCAAACGAAUUAUUAAGCAUUUAAGACAGCCUGUUGCGUAGAGGCCGUAGCACAUUUGUCAUAGAAAUUUAAAAAGUUAAACCACUCUUAAGCUUAGAGCUCUGUUAAUUGUAGUUCUCUGUGGAUUGAAUUGAUCAAGGCAUUUGGUGACCUAUUCGUAGUAAAGCAUUUCUUGUCGUGCUUGGGUGGAUCUGGCCUAUUUGGUAUCGAGGUAUUAUUGACACCAAAAAAUUGCAUUUUAUAUAGUAAAAAGUAGUAAAUAACAAAAUAUUUAAAACAAUACAAGGUCUAUUGAUAUGUCAAACAUGCCUAGAAAGAAAGUUUUGAUUGGUUGCACCGGCAGUGUAGCCACAAUUAAAUUGCCACAGUUAGUAGAGAAAUUAUGGCAGAACAAUUUGGAAGUGAGAAUAGUGGUUACUGAAAAAGCUAAGCAUUUUUUGAAAGAAGCAGAUCUACCUUCUGGAAUUCAAGUUUUAUCGGAUACCGUAGAAUGGGCUGCAUGGCAAGAUAGAGGCGACCCUGUGUUACAUAUCGAUCUGGUUAAAUGGGCUGAUUUGUUCUUAAUCGCUCCAUUAGAUGCUAACACACUUGGCAAGAUAGCCAGCGGUAUAUGCGACAAUAUCUUGACCUGUGUAGCACGUGCAUGGAAUCCUUCUAAGCCAUUAGUUUUUUGUCCUGCUAUGAAUACAAAAAUGUGGGAACAUCCAGUUACUGCACCACAGGUAGCUCUGCUUAAGUCUUGGGGAUACAAGGAAGUAACUUGCAUUUCUAAAACUCUUAUGUGUGGUGAUACUGGAAUGGGUGGUAUGGCAGAGGUAGACACUAUCGUUCAAACUACAUUAAGAUUAGUCAAUCCUUGGGAUCCAUAUUCGCCACCUGAUCUACGUCUCUAAUAUCGUGAAGAAGAAACGAAAUGUUCAACAAAGCUUUAUCAUCGUAUAGAUUAAAUGUGAAAUAUUUUAUGGGGGAAAGAAAAUUUAAAGAUAGAGAGUUCAUGAUGCGUACCGCGGUGGGAUUCAAAUAAUUUAUGCUCACAGUAAAAUUCAAGUCCAAUAACAAGUGUUUACUUGUACAAUUACGCUUUUCUGAAUGCACCGCGGUCGCGAUAUUUUGUUGCUCAAGUAUAAUGUUUGGAACAACUAUGCCAAGGAAUGUAUUCAAGAUGGAGUCCACUAGCUACAGCAGAAUAUAAAAAUUGUAAAGAAAUUCUGUUCACAUAUCGUUUAAAAUUGACCCAUCAAAUAAACGUGUACAUGUUUUGUUAAAUAUAUGAGUUCAAUAAUA